CCGGAGGGCGCUCCCCGUUGGCGCACAGCGGCGGCGUUGGAGGCUCUUCCCCGGGCAGCACUCAGGGACCCGAGCAGGGCCAGGUGCUCAUCCCGUGGGGUCCGUGCGCCCAGCAGCAUGGGGAAGCAGAACAGCAAGCUGCGCCCCGAGAUGCUCCAGGACCUGCGGGAAAACACCGAGUUCUCCGACCUGGAGCUGCAGGGCUGGUACAAGGGCUUCCUGAAGGACUGUCCCUCGGGCAUCCUCAACGUGGAGGAGUUCAAGAAGAUCUACGCCAACUUCUUCCCCUAUGGCGAUGCCUCCAAGUUCGCCGAGCACGUCUUCCGCACCUUCGACACCAACGGCGACGGCACCAUCGACUUCCGAGAGUUCAUCAUCGCGCUGAGCGUCACCUCCCGCGGGAAGCUGGAGCAGAAGCUCAUGUGGGCCUUCAGCAUGUACGACCUGGAUGGCAACGGCUACAUCAGCCGGGAGGAGAUGCUGGAGAUUGUGCAGGCCAUCUACAAAAUGGUCUCCUCUGUCAUGAAUAUGCCUGAAGAUGAAUCGACUCCGGAGAAAAGAACGGAAAAAAUCUUCCGACAGAUGGAUACUAAUAACGACGGCAAGCUGUCCCUGGAGGAGUUCAUCAAAGGUGCCAAGAGCGAUCCAUCCAUCGUGCGCCUGCUGCAGUGUGACCCCAGCGGUACCGGGCAGCUCUGAGCUCCCCACAGCCCCCACUGCCCCCUCCUGCCACCACCACUCGCCCCUGCCAUCCCCACCUCCACAUCCCCAUGGGGAGAGCACCAGGGGUGCAGAGCAGCACAGCAGAACCACCGCUGCUCCUCUGAUGGGCACAGGGACACGGCCCAGGGGAUGAACUACGGUUGCUCACAGCCCCCCCAGCACCCCCAGCAUGCAGACACUGCCACGCCAGCCUCUUCCCCAUGGCCAGAGUGUAUGUGGGGCCAUGGGGAAGGGCUGCGCUUUCAGUCUUUUAAUACCUGCAAAAUAAAGUGUGUGUCAGUGCAGACA